AGAAAACCUAACGGGCUUCGGUCCCGGGUAAGCUAGCCGCUGCUCUGCUCCGCCCUCUCCCGCCCGGCCCCGCUGUGCCCACGACCCCGGCUCACCCGGAGCCCGGGCACAGCUCGCGGAGCCGCUACCUCUGCGCGCCCCGUCAAACGACAGGAGCCCCGUCCUCGCUACCGAAGCAGAUGCUCCGGACGGAGAACGGGCUGAGUCCACUGCCGCGGUGAAGGUUCCCGAGCGGGGGAGGACCUUCAUGGAUAGGAGAUGCUUCAGCGAAUGAAUAGCAUUGGUAUCCGCCUUAAAAAGAAGGACAGGAAAAAUAAAUAGGAAAGCAAAGACUGUGACGGUCCCGAGAGGCCAAAGAAGACCAGACAGACUUUGACCAAGUGCUGACAUGGAGCAGGCGCCAUCAACAGUCAAAACGGUGCACAUUACUGUGACAAACGGAUAUGACUUGAAAGGAUUUAAAGGAGACACCCCAGUUACUUUUGUUCGUGCAGAAUUCAAUCAGGCAGUUCUCGGAGACUCUUCAAAAAUCACUGUCUCCCCAGAAGGAACUGCUAAGUACAACUUCACUACCAACUUUGAGCUCAAUCCAGAUGGAGGCAUUACCCUGGAUGACCUUGCCCACAAACCAUUGUUCUUAACCGUGACUGAGGUCCUACCAAAGGAAAAGAAACAGAAGGAUGAGAAGACCUUAACUCUGGGCCAAGCUGUGGUGGACCUUCUUCCUUUACUGGAAGGAGAGGACUCAUUUGAAACGGUGGUCCCAUUACACCCUGUGCCGGGGUCACCCUUAGAAACUCCUUCACCAGGCUCUAAGCAGUGCAGUCUUGACGUGAAGGUGUUUGUGGCAGAGCCCUUACUGACCCCAGCCCAGGUCUCAGCGAGCAAUCUGCUGAAGGUCACCCUAGAGGCUGCCUAUUCUGUGCCCGAGUCCUUCGUGCCAGGAGGGCUUCAACAGAACUACAUGGUUGGUCUGCAAGUCCCGUCAGUUGGAGAGAAAGACUACGCUAUGGUAUUCAAGAAUGGAAAUCUGAAGCUUGGAGGGGAAAAAGAAAUCGUUCCCCGGCCUAAAAAAUGGCCUAUUGCUAACAUUCUUGCUCCAGGAGCUAAUAACAUUCCUGAUGCAUUCAUUGUGGGCGGUCCCUAUGAGGAAGAAGAAGGAGAACUCAACCACCCAGAGGACAGGGAAUUUAGGAACCAAGCAGAAUGCAUCAAAAAAAGAAUCGUCUGGGACUUGGAGAGCCGCUGCUACCUUGACCCUUCUGCAGUUGCAAGUUUCCAGAAGCGAAUUGCUGAUUGCCGGCUCUGGCCUGUGGAGAUCACAAGAGUGCCUUUGGUCUCUGUACCAAAAGGGAAAGCAGGCAAACUUGAGAAGGCCGACGAUGAAAAUCAGCUUUCGUCUCAUGGCGUGGCAUACGUCAACAUGGUCCCACUCUUGUACCCAGGGGUGAAGAGGAUACGUGGGGCUUUUCACGUGUACCCCUACAUAGACAGUGCAGUCUUUGAAAAGACCAAAUGCUUGUUCAGCUUAUUCAGGGACACUGGACACCCUCUGGCUCACAAUAAUAAAGCAGGAGGUCUUAACUCGCCACUGUCCAAACCUGUUUCCAAGAAUUUGAAAGAAGAGAAGCAGCCAUCGAAAGACAAGGAGAUGGAUGGACGGGCCCGGCCUGGGGAUUUGCAAGCACCUAGCAUAAAAUCCCAGAGCUCAGACACUCCUUUGGAAGGCGAAGCCCCUCUGAGCCACAAUCUGGAAGGACAGCAAUAUGUAGAAGCGGGGACAUACAUUGUCUUGGAGAUCCAGCUGGACAAAGCCUUGGUUCCAAAGCGGAUGCCAGAGGACCUGGCCAGAAGGGUCAAGGAAAUGAUACCUCCAAGGCCACCUCUCACCCGCCGGACAGGAGGAGCUCAGAAGGCGGUGAGUGACUACCACACACAGAUCAAGAGCAUUUCCAGAGCCAUUCUGGAUGAGUACCACCGGAUGUUUGGGAAGCAAGUGACCAAGCAGGAGAGCGAGGUGGACAGUGAGACCUUGGAGGAGCAGAAGUGCCAGCUCAAUUAUGAGCUCAAUUGUUCCGGAAAGUACUUCGCCUUCAAAGAACAACUCAAGCACGCGGUGGUAAAGAUUGUGAGAGAGAAAUACUUGAAGACAACAGCGUUUGAAAGCCAAGAGGAGCUGCAGAUAUUUAUCAGUGAGCUCUAUGUGUUCUUGGUAGACCAAAUGCACGUGGCCCUGAACCAGUCCAUUCCUGAUGACACCCAAGGCCCUGCCUCAACGAUUCCCACCAGCAGCGAACAACUUCGACUCUUCGCGUUUGAGGCAGAAGUCAAUGAGAACUAUGAAGUGGCAGCAGUAUAUUAUGAAGAGAGGUUGGUCCGUGAGCCUCAGAACCUGGAUCACUGGCUGGACUACGGCGCCUUCUGCCUGCUCACGGAGGACAUCACGAAAGCGCAGGAGUGUUUCAGGAAAGCCCUUUCCCUGAACGAGAAUCACAUCCACAGCUUGCUGCUGUGUGGCGUCCUGGCUGUCUUAAUGGAGAACUAUGAACAAGCAGAAAUUUUCUUUGAGGAUGCUACAUGCUUGGAACCUAGCAAUGUGAUUGCGUGGACUUUACUCGGGUUGUUCUAUGAAAUUCAGAAUAACGAUAUUCGAAUGGAAAUGGCAUUUCACGAGGCCUUCAAACAGCUUCAGGCGCGAACCGUCCAAACAAAGCCAAAGAGCGCUGGCACGGCAGAGAAUGUUGACGAUAGCGUGAAAAUUGAGCACAGUUUUGGCCCGUGGGGAGCCAUGCAUGACUCUGCUUCAGCCGUCAGAUCAGAAGGGCUGACAGGAGUCAAACCCAGGAGCUCCCACCUGCUGAGUCCUCACCCCCCUGCCGAGCUGCACCCCUCACCCCAAGGGCCGAGCACUGUGCUGUCCAGUCUAGAUGAGUUUAUUGAAGAAUCAGCUAAGGGACACUCUGGGUCACAAGAACCAAUAAUGACCUUACAGCCUUUGGAGCCUUCUCUUACCCAGAAAUCAUCCAAUGUGCUAUUAAAAGAGCUAACUUCGAAAAAAGCCCCUGCCACAAUCUUCAUGGAGACCAUUCGAUUCUUGAUGAAGGUCAAUGCUGUGCAGUUUGUACACAGAGUGCUGGCACACGAGCUGCUGUGCCCUCAAGGAGGACCCAGCUGUGAGUACUACUUGGUUCUGGCCCAGACACACCUUCUCAAGAAGGACUUUGCCAAGACAGAGGAGUACCUUCAACAAGCGACCCAGAUGGACUAUCUGAACCCUAAUGUCUGGGGUGUGAAGGGCCAUCUCUAUUUUCUGAGUGGAAAUCAUGCUGAGGCCAAGGCAUGCUACGAGCGAACUAUUAGUUUUGUAGUUGAUGCUUCUGAGAUGCACUUCAUCUUCCUACGACUGGGACACAUCUACCUGGAAGAGAAGGAGUAUGAAAAGGCAAAGAGAACCUACAUGCAAGUCUGUAAAAGAUCACCUUCAUGCCUGACCUGGCUAGGACUAGGAAUUGCCUGUUACCGGCUGGAGGAGCUCACCGAGGCUGAGGAUGCUCUCUCUGAAGCAAAUGCACUGAAUAACUACAACGCUGAAGUAUGGGCCUAUCUGACUCUGGUCUGCCUCAAAGUGAGUGUUUCAUAUUGUGCCUUCACAAAGCCCUUUCAGACCCAGCUAAGAAAGAAAGGUUGGGCGACAGCUGGAAGCUGAGCAGGCCUACAAGUACACAAUAAAGCUGAAACUGAAAAACGAGGCUCUGCUUGCGGAAAUCCACAGCGUACAGGAGAUGGUUGGCUUUGGAGAUCCGUCUUUCUGACAUUCCCACAGGUGGAGAUGCAGCAUGGGGCCUCCAAGCAUCUCAUCUUUCCUUCCCAAAUUGUGCCCAGGUUUCAUACCUGAACUCCCUUCCCCCCAUUACUUGUUAGCUGUAAAUCAGAUCACAAAAAAAAAAAAAAAAAGAAAACCCUCACAAUUAAUCAGCGUGUUUCUGGAGUCUUAUGUAGCACAUUAUAUUUUAAAUGCUCUUAUAUAAUUAUGUAACUAACAGACAUUCAUUUGUGAGUAGCUAUAUACAUAAUGGUGUAACUAUUAGAAUUUCUGAUGGAAGCUUAUCGUCAAUUGCCAAGGUUCUUUUUUUGGGGGGGGUUCGAGACAGGGUUUCUCUGUAUUGUUUUGGAGGCUGGCCUCGAUCUCACAGAGAUCCGCCUGCCUCUGCCUCCCGAGUGCUGGGAAUAAAGGCAUGCACCACCAACGCCCGGCUUAACUGCCAAGGUUCUUGACCAGCUUCGGUUACUGGGACUUGGGGAUUAAGGUAUCAUCUUCAAAGGCGGGCUUAGAAUACUGCCAUGCUGUGUCACUAGGUAAGAGGGCAGAGUGGGGGUAAGCCUUUUGGGAGAGCUGAAAGAGAGGUCUUUGCUUAAGAUAGACGUACUGAUUUCUUUAAGUCAAUCGGUAUCUUCAUAGAUCUAAAUCUCCUGAUUUUACAAACCACUGUGACCAGAGAUGCAAAAUUCGCUAGUGAAGCCACAAUUGUAGGUCUUGAGAGCACAAAGAAAUCAUACCCUAACUUCUUGGAACAUGUAGUCAAGGCGGAAGUGAAAGCCCGUUCCCCUUAUUUUUUAAUGGAGCGAUUUCUUCCGUGAGGGUGGGAGAAUACGAGGGAAAGUGAGAGUCACAUCAAUACAGACGAUAAAAACGCUAUGUUUCAUCCUGCUCCUCGCCCAGUCCUUUAUGAAGUCUCGCUGAGGAAUGGGCGGGCAGCUCCGUCCCUGCUGUGUCCCGACCCGCCCGGCCUCUGCGGCGCGACCCCGCCUGCCCACCGGGCCGACGGGUAUCCCGGGCGCCCAGAUCUGCGCCGGCCGCGCUACCCGGUGGGAGCCGCAGCCCGGCGCCUACGGACACACCUCUUCCGCGUCACUGAAGGAGGUCGGGGUCGCCCGGUUGCCUUCCGGCGGACUGAGCCAGAGAAAGCGGAAGGGGCGGGGCGAGCGCCCGGCGGCUCCCGCAGAGGGCUUUUCGGAUGCAGAGCGGUGCCGGGGCGUGUGCGUGCGCGGCCGCUUGGGGCGCUCCUCCCGGCGUCGGGCCCCGGGGAGCUGGUGUGUGCCGGAGCGCGGCCGGAGCGCGGCCCGAGGGCGUUCGUCGCUGAGCCAUGGUCCACCUGACAACCGUUCUCUGCAAAGCAUACCAUGGGGGCCACCUAACCAUCCGCCUUGCCUUGGGUGGCUGCACCAACCGGCCCUUUUACCGAAUCGUGGCAGCUCACAACAAGUGCCCCAGGGAUGGCCGCUUCGUGGAGCAGUUGGGCUCCUACGAUCCCCUGCCCAACAGUAACGGAGAGAAACUGGUUGCCCUCAACCUGGACCGCAUCCGGCAUUGGAUUGGCUGUGGGGCUCACCUCUCUAAGCCUAUGGAAAAACUUCUGGGUCUUUGUGGGUUUUACCCCCCUGCAUCCGAUGAUGAUCACAAAUGCUGAGAGGCUUCGGAGGAAGAGAGCUCGGGAAGUCCUCUUAGCGUCUCAGAAAACAGAACCGGAGCCGGCAGAAACAGACGCAAGCUGACUUCAGUGCACACAGUGUGACUGCAAGGUCAAGGGCCUUCAUGACUCCUGCAUAGAACUUUUUCUUGGGUGUGAGGAUCAAUAAAUGGAGUUUUCCAA